GUACUUACAUGUGGGAUCAAACCUGAAGGUUGUGCUAGGGAUUUCCAAAAGUCAAUGUGAUAGGAAUUACGCAAUAGGAUACUCAUGUAUCCACAGAAAAGGUGUAUCGAACAAUUGCCUCUAGACGUUUCCGGAGCUGUCAGGGAACAGGCAGGUAAAAGCAGAUAUCACACAGCCAAUACUUCUGACUCCCUGGAGGACUUGGAGGAGUCAAUCAUGGCUACCAUCAAAGAGGAUGAGAGCUCUUCACCACAGAUUAUUGUGGAUCCUGGUGACGGGGAAAAGUUCAUGCUGAAUCAGCAAGCCUUCACGGAGCCAGAUAAGACCAAUAACUUCAGAUCCUUGGUGAAGAAGAGAAUAGUCAAGGAUGUGGAAUCACCUGGACUGCUCACCGUCCCCAAGGCUCAGCUUCCAACCACCAAAAGGUCCAAGAAGAGCACGGGGAGGGGGCUGGCUAGUAUAUUGUUUGGGGUAAAGAACCCCCCAAAAGUGCAUUCCUUGCUAGAGGAUGAAGAUGACAUAGAGGACAGCAGUAAAGCAAGUUCCUAUACCUUAUGGCAUGCUGUGAGAGAGAAUAAUGCCAAGGCUGUCACUGACCUCCUCACUCAGUCUUCUGAUCUCGUCAAUGAGGUGGAUAACUUAGGGAACUCUCCUCUACAUUUGGCAGCCAAACACAACGCUGUGGCUGUCAUGUCGGUGCUAAUACAACAUACUGCAGACGUGAACAAGGAAGGCCAGUACAGGUACUGUCCUCUACAUACCGCGGCCAGAAACAACAACUGUGAGGCAGCCCACCUGUUAAUGCAAUCACAUGCUAAACUGAUGUGUCAAGAUGCUAAAAUGAAGACUCCCCUACACCUGGCAGCUAGACAUGGUAACCUACAAAUGGCACAGACAUUGCUGACUGGGGAGGGUGCCCAGGUCGCUGUUAAUGCUGUAGAUGAGGAUGAACUCACACCUCUUUUUGAUGCGGUGAUGCACCGACAGACAAAGAUGGCCAUACUGCUUGUAGAGAGGGGAGCCAAUAUCUAUGCUGAGGACAUCAAUGAAACACUGGUAUUUCACUUCGCUGCUGCCGAGGAACUCAUUGACUUGUUAGAGCUGUUUAUAGCAACAGGUGAGAAUCUGUAUGGUCUGGCAGGCAAGGAGAGAUUGCUGACACACAGAGACAACGAAGGCAACACUGCCCUCCACAUGGCUAUCCUCAACAACAAACUCAAGACAGCUGACUACCUACUAAGGAAGGGAGCCUCUGUGAACCAGAGAAAUAUUGAGGGCUCCCAUUCAGCCCCAUUACAUAUGGCUGCUGUUAAUGGCAACGUACCAAUUGCCGAACUGCUACUAACGCACAAGGCCAUCAUAAGUAAGAGGGACAAAGAACACAUGACAGCCAUACACAGAGCUGCAAUGUACAACAGGUAUCAGAUUGUGGAGCUCCUCAUCAACAAGGGUGGAGAUGUAAAUGUGAAGAGUGAGGACCAAAUGACUCCCUUGAUGUUGGCGUGCUGGAAAGGUCACGUCCAGACAACAAACUUUCUGCUUAAAAAUGGAGCUAAGAUUAGUGAGGUGGAUCAGACCUGUAGAUCUGCCCUCCACAUAGCUGUUCAGAAUGGACACCCUGAGGUCAUCACCCAGCUACUGGAGAAUGGCUGUGCUUCUGUAAUGGAAUGUUUGGACCAGAGGGACCAGACAGCCCUUCACUAUGCAGCCAGGCUGGGGGACAUGUUGAUUCUUAACGCACUUCUGAAGCACCGCUGUAGAUUGGAUGCCAGAGAUCAGAAUGGCAAAACACCAUUACAUAUAGCUGCUGAGUACAGCAACUCAAAGGUGAUUGAUAUUCUGAUGCAGGCCAGUCAAACAGAGCUCAAUGACAUGGACAGUGAUGGUAAAACACCCAUCAUGAUAGCGGCCGAGACAGGAAACUACAACACAGCACAGGCUCUCCUGUACCACGGAGCUGACCUGUCUAUGAAGGAUGAAGAAUACAGAACGGCUACCAUGCUGGCUACAGCUGCUGGACACACCAAGCUGGUCAGGCUCCUGCUGGAAAACUAUGCAGAAAUUAAUCACAGUGACAAGGUCAAGAACACGCCUCUCCAUAUAGCUGCGUAUCAUGGACAUGCAGACACUGCCAAACUGUUAUUAUCCCGUAACGCCAAGGUCACAUGCAGAAACAGCUAUGGCAAGACACCUUUGGAUGCUGCUAUUGAAAACAAGUACACAGAUGUUGUCAUAGAGAUGCUGAAACACUGUAGCUGGAGAGACAGUAUGGAAAUGAGAGAUGAAGAUGGGUUUACUCCUAUGAAGCGUCUAAUAGAGAAAGUUCCAGAAGCUGCCAUGGUGGUAAUGGACAACUGUUUGGAGUACUCGGACCAUAGGAAGGAUGACCUUCAAUACACUGUUAAACACGACUUCAAGUACCUUGAUCCAGGGCCAGGUGAUCUCAGCUGUGCGCAAAUCAGAUACUUCGCUGUUAAUACAAUGGUGGAAAGGAAACGAGAGGAUCUUUUGGGCCACACCCUCGUACAAAGUCUCCUCCUCAUGAAGUGGAGGAACUUUGGGCGUAUCCUGUUCUACCUUAACCUAGCUAGUUACCUGAUUUACUUGGUCAUCCUCCUCACCUACAUUGGCCUAGUACCAAAGAUCACAACCAGUUUGCUGGAUGAUGUCCGAUCAUGUCCUGUCAUAGUUAAUGCCACAGUGGCUGCUGACCCUGUCCUUGUUGCCAGUCUAAAGGCGGCCGGCAGUUAUUCCUUUACAAAAGUAACGGAACCAGCAGCGAUAGCUUUCAACAACGUUCUGAUCGGCAUAGCUAACAUGUACUUUUUACGGGAAGUCAUCAGUAUAUUCGUAAUGGUAAGUCUACUCGACUCCAUAGGAAUCUACUUUGUGAUGUUCUCUGAGGUAGUUCAGUCACUGAUGAAGGUGAUGUCAGUGUUGCUGUUAUUCCUCCUAUCCUUUGCCAGUGCCUUUGGUAUCACCAUGGCUCAAACACCCGGUCUCACACCAGAUAGUUGGUAUCCAAUGACCGUCCUGUCCAUGACCCUUGGUGAACUCAACUUUGUCAGUAACUACGCGAGUGAGACCAAUGCUCCGUUUGUAGUAGACAACAUGCUUCUGAUGACCAUGUUUAUGGUCAUAAUGCCGAUAGGUCUCAUGAACCUGCUGGUAGGUAUUGCUGUAGGUGAUAUAGACAAGAUACAGAAGGAGGCCUACCUGACCCGUCUCUCACUGCAGAUACAAAUGCUUUGUUCAUAUGAAGCCACAUUCCCCAGAAUCAUUCAGAGAAAACUAUACAAAAGGAGGUUUGAGAUGAAACCAAACAUGGAGAGUCAGUCGUGCUGGAAUCAGUUCAAGAAGAAGCUUUUAAAAGUGGAAAACAAUGAGAAAUAUUUAGAAGAGGACAGCAAUGAUCCUAUGUCAGAAAUGCUCAGCCAAAUAAAACAUGACAUGAGGAAGCAAAAGGCCAUGUUGCUACAGAUGCAGGCGGCCCAGAAACAACAGCAGGAGAUGAUGAGGCAGAUCUGCAGUCAUCUAGACGUCAGUGUGUCACUUAGUCGUCUGUCACCUGUUGACUCUGUCCGCUCAGAUAUGCUGAGUAGAAUGGACAUUUCAUAAACAAUUGCUAGUACCGAGAUAUUUUGAAUGUUUCCUUCCAUAUUAUUGCUGGGUCGAUUGCCGGUAACCAAGUGGCUCAAUUAUUCAGAGCGUCCAUCUAGUUUCCAGAGGGUCCCGAGUUAAAAUACUGAUGUCGCUGUGCAUUUUCCCCAUUCAUUAGUGUCUUCUGGGUCAAACAAUUUGUUGAAGGAAUUAGGAAUGUAGCAGAAUUGGCCUGGGUCAAUUGCCAUCAACCUGGUAGGCUCAAUUGGUUGGAGUAUCACUCUCAGGGUCACAGAUUUGAAGUCAGGUCUGAAAGUGCAUUUUUCCUUUCGUGUUUCAUAUGAAUCAGCCUCAGUAUAUUAUGUGCUUUGUUGGGUGGGUAUUCUGAUCCAAUGUACUUGACACAUGGACAACAUUGAUGUAUAUAACAUAGAUAUAACAACUCAGUACAAUGUUCAGAAAUGCAUGCAUAAGUAGCGAGCUAUCUUCCCAUUUUGUUGGCCCGUCAGAUAUAAGGGUAAUGAGGGGAGGUAACUCUGAUAGAAUAUGUCUAUAACUGCUAUAUAAACAUGCAAUAUCAAGAUCAGCUACUGUAUAAUUUUGGUUAAUAUUCCAUGAGGUCACACCAUCAAGGAAAGGUUAGAUAUAAAACCUUUAAAAUAUGAACAUCUUCUGUAAACUAUGACAUCACAUAAUAUUGUGUUGGAGAAAAGUAUUUAACAAAUAUUGAUACUUACACUUUUCAAGGUGUGAACUAUCCUUGUCUCACUCCAGUGCCGAGAUGAUUUCCCUGUAUAACAUUUGUAUUACAGAAGUUCAACCAGGCAUAAAUGCCACUUCAACACUGUACUGGUCACAAAACAUCAACGUUGCAUUUAUUAUAGGGCCAACAGGGUAAAAAAGAAAGAAUCAUUCAUGUCCUCUGGAACUACAUGUAUCUCAAACCCAAAGGGGUGAAAGAUUCUCUCAAUCUGUAAUUAGAGCAUUGAUCGAGUAUCCUUGAAUUGUCUCCCCUGUUUUAUGAUACUGAAGGGUGUUACUUUAGCUAGUAUUCAAACCUAGGUAUCAGUAUAAAUAUACAUGGUGUCGGAUAUAUCUAUACCUGUUACUUGUAUUGUUGAUAUAUUUUCUAUAUAUUGUUAUAUACUAUUGGUGCAAUAAUGCAGUCAUUGUAGACUUACACAUGUACUUGUAUCUUUAUAUUUCCUCAGAAAUAAAC